GGCUCCGGCUCUUCCAGCAGCCAAUGCAGCUACACAUAUCGAGGCUCGAGUCCGGCUUCUGAGUCGGAGACGAAAGCCAUAAUCAAUCAGCUGAAGGAGUUUCGAAGCCAACUUAAGCUCUAUCUGACGGUGCAUUCAUAUGGACAAUUGGUCCUGACGCCAUUCGGGUACACGAAGCACGUAUACCCGAAAAACUUCAAACAGUUGGUGAGUUUACUCUUGUUCAUCAGAAAAGAAACCACGGAAUAG